AUGUUCGCUGAAAGCGCUACGAAACUUCAACAUGAUGUCAAUCUUGCAUCGAAGUUGGCUGCAGCCUAUGGACUACGCCUACGCCCUGAUAAAUGCAAGCAGAUGUGGAUAUCUUCGAGACCUCGAACGGGAAUCAGGGUGGACGGACAACCGAUAGAACUCGUCGAUGAGUUCUGUUACCUAGGCUGUACGCUGAAGAACAAUGGCAGCUACGCGAGAGAUGUUCAGCAAAGAUGCGCUAAGGCCACUUCUGCAUUUAACUCCUUAACGAAUUGUCUGUGGUCGACCCCCAUCACCAACGAAGUCAAGCUGCGAGUCUGCCUAUCCGCAAUUCGCCCCAUCAUGAUGUACGGAUCGGAGACUUGGGCAGCACCAUCAACGGUUAUGGAGAGGCUUGACUGCACGGAACGAAAGCUGCUUAGACGGCUACUUGGCUACUUUUGGCCUAGGGUAUGUCACAAUGAAGAUCCUUACGCAGAAAUUGAUGUGGUAUACCGGCGGAUGACACGUGGAAAACAUCAACAUCUUGCACCGCCAUCGAAAGUGGCUAAAGUAAAUCGUCUUCGCUUCUUUGGUCAUAUAUUAAGGAGACCGGCAGAUCGCCUUGUUCAACGAGUUCUGAGGAGUUCGUCGGGUUCGAGCUGGAAGAAGCCACCUGGCCGAAAACGGAAGUUCUGGACUGGAGGCGGCGAAAGAGGACCUGAGGACGAUAGCGACGAAUGGAUUGAUUCUGUGCAAGCUCUCGCAGAAGAUCGAGAAGGUUGGGCAGAGCUGUGUUCAAGGACGGCACACCUCGGCGAAGAUGCGGGUAAUCGCGUCAGACGAUGA